UAGUGAGGAAGUGAUGUGCGUAGUCUUUAUAACGGGCGCACGGAGGAAACGAAACUGCGGACGACUUCCUUCCGGGUGCAGAGUGUUUUUUUUUUCGUGCUGCGAGCGCGCGCGUGCUUCCUGUCGAAUUUGUUACGCACACAAAUACACAUACUAACACACAGAGAGUCGUGUAUGCUUACUACAUACGUAUACAUUCAGACAUAGAAACGCACGCGGAAUUCCUCUCUACUACACGGAGGGAGGGAUCUCGGUGCUCCAUGUAAGGACGAGUUGUCCUUAUAAGGAGCUAAAUAUGGGACUGGGCAGUCCUUAGCGUUCAACAUCCCACUGUAUUCGGUUUACGUAAUUGCGCGGAUCCGGCCCAAGAAUCGUCCAUCGGGAUGGAAAGGCGCGAACGGCGGGAUUCAGACGAAAGGUGUUGAGGGUGGUUCCUUGCUGACAAGGUUGCCGAUGGGGUGAAUUGGAUGGUCGAUGGGGGUGGUGUGUGUGUUUGUGCGAGUGUUGAUGGGAUUUUCGUGUCGUGGAGGGAGAGUGCGCGGUGUCGUUGCGCGUUCCCCGUUUGAAAGAGAUGCGCGCGCGCCAUCCACGCGCACACAGCACACGCGUUUGCCGUGGUCGGGUUCUAUUGUGCGCUCAGCUGUGAUUGUGUGUACUCGGUUUGUUGUUGUUGUUGGUGUGUUGUCGCAAAAGUUGGUUGUUUCACGCCGCCGUCCGUAAUAUUACGAACAGAUAUAUUAACAUAGAGUAUUACGUCCAAUUGGAAGCGAUAGACAAUAGUCGGCAGAGUUGCUGCGCACGUAGAGAGUAUACCACCGCCUUGCGAUACCCAGUAAUCAUUUCAAACUGUGGUGCGGAACGAUGGAACCAGGCGGGAGGGACUCCCGGUUCAACUUGGGCUACAGCAUGAAUCUGCUGAGCGGCGAGUCCGUGCCCGAGAUCUACGGGACUCCGGGGCCAGGUGGACUUCGCGGGCCGAGCACAAGUCUGCAGCAGCUGUCGCCCAGGCACACGAUGGUGUCGGGGGGCGGCUGCGGGGCUCGCGGCAUCAAGUCGGACGUAGUGUGCUACGACGAUAGGGGCAUGUCAAGUCAGGGCCUAGGUUUGGAGGCAUGCGGCGUCAACGACAUUGGCGAUGACACCUACGGCACAUUGCAGCCGAAGAAGUCACCGCCGAGCAAUGGCAAGAAGACCAAGGGCCGCGUCAAGAUCAAGAUGGAAUACAUCGAGAACAAGCUGCGUCGCUACACGACGUUUUCCAAGCGGAAGACUGGCAUCAUGAAGAAGGCCUAUGAAUUGUCAACGCUAACAGGAACCCAGGUGAUGCUACUGGUAGCUUCAGAGACAGGUCACGUCUAUACAUUUGCGACGAGGAAGUUGCAGCCGAUGAUCACGAGCGAGGCUGGAAAGGCGCUGAUCCAGACAUGCCUGAACAGUCCGGAUCCGCCGGCCGGUUCCGCGUCUGGCGACCAGAGGAUGUCAGCCACCGGCUUCGAGGAGACGGAGCUCACGUACAACAUCAGCGACGAGGACUCGAAAGAUGAAAAUAUGUCGGGUGGUGAGUCUUCGGAUAGCAGCGAAGGCGAGAUGAUAUGUGGCGAUAUAGAGCCGGACUUCCGGAUACCCACGACGACGUCGCCAAUUUUGAACAGACAAUCGACGUCGGCUGCCUCUAGCCAAAGCAAAAUAGACGCCUCUACGACACUAUCUUCCUCGUCCCACAAACCCGCCGCAUCCGCUACAUCAUCGUCUUCCUCCGCUUCCACUUCAUCAUUAUCGACAACAUCAACCUCGAUAUCAACAGCAUCAUCUACGACGUCCAACAACAGCAGCACAUCCCAGAUCAUAUCUCCGGUUCUGUACCAGACGCCGCAAGGCAUGGUUUAUGCCACCCCAUCGAACGGAGGUGUCAUCUUCAGUUUGGCCCCCCAGGGUACCGACCCGUCCGCUCUGGGCCAGUUCCUCACGAUCCCUCUUUCCGUUAUGCCCACUAACGGGCAAGGCGAACUGGACUUGUCUGCCAAGAGGAAGUGAGAGACCAUGCAUGCAGAUCGGCACGUGCCCCUCUUCCGUUCCGCUUCCUUUUCCGGUUCACAACAACAACAGCCACGAAGACGUGCGCGCGCUCAAAUCACGGCGCGAUGGGUUUCCUCUCUUCCUUCCUUCAUACCCAAAUAGUCAUAACUUUCAGAAGAAUAAAAAAAAAACGAAUCACAAGCAAAUACGAAGCGAAAUUGGGUCAAAACGCCUCCGUAUCGGUUUAUUCUUUUUUGCUUUCAUCCCGCACGAUUUUUCACGUGAGGUAACUCGGUACUUGGCUACGACUCAAAUAUUUGCACAUCCCGUAAAUUUUCGCUUUAAUUGUCAGAUAUUAUUUACAAUUGUGCCCAACGCACUGACCGCAAAAAUGUUUCUAAUCCAACAGUCUUUUUCAAUCUCUAAGGAAAAGCAACUUCAGUUACGAAACUUUCGAACUCUCAAAAAAAAAAUAUCUAUAUAAAAAAAAUGUAAUUAUUGAAAGAGAUUCCAAUCAUUUCCAAUAAUUUGCAGUUGAAUUAACUUAUGGAGUUGCAUUUAAACGUAAAGACAUUAUAAAAAAAACACGGCCAUAAUAAUUAUUCCUCCGUGUUUGUUCUUUUUUUUGUUCGUGUUUAAACGAGGAAAUUACAUCGGUUUUGUGUAGAAGGAAGUUAACAGCAGACGGGCGUCGAAAUUAGGCUUAUUUUUAGCUUCCUUAUUUAUAAAACUGAAAGCGGUUUCUUCCAUAUGGAAAAUUCAGCUCGAGCGCACUCUCGACGAAAAAAGGAUAAACGGCAAUUUGCGCAAACUCAAUUCAUUUAAUACGUAUCAUCGGUGUUACGAAAAAAGGCAACGUUCAUUAAAGCGAAUUAAGUAAUAAUUGAUAUUACAUAAAA